UAAGGAGCGUGGGCCAGGCCUGUGCGCUCAGCCAUGGCGUCUGCUCGGUGGCUCUGCCUCGUCCUCACUCUGCUCUCCGGCUUGGCCGCCUCUGGCUUCCCGGGGAGCCCCUUCCGGCUGCUGGGGAAACGGAGCCUUCCAGAAGGGGCCGUCAACGGCAUUGAGAUCUACAGCACCAAAAUCAACUGCAAGGUGACCUCCCGCUUCGCGCACAAUGUCGUCACCACCAGGGCCGUCAACCGCGCAGACACGGCCAAGGAGGUUUCCUUUGACGUGGAGCUGCCCAAGACGGCCUUCAUCACGAACUUCACCUUGACCAUCGACGGUGUGACCUACCCUGGCCACGUGAAGGAGAAGGAGGUUGCCAAGAAGCAAUACGAGAAGGCCGUGUCCCAGGGCAAGACGGCAGGCUUGGUCAAGGCCUCCGGGAGGAAGCUGGAGAAAUUCACCGUCUCCGUGAACGUGGCCGCGGGCAGCAAGGUCACCUUUGAGCUCACCUACGAGGAGCUGCUGAAGAGACACAAGGGCAAGUACGAGAUGUACCUCAAGGUCCAGCCCAAGCAACUGGUCAAGCACUUUGAGAUCGACGCACACAUCUUCGAGCCCCAGGGCAUCAGCAUGCUGGACGCUGAGGCUUCGUUCAUCACCAAUGACCUCCUGGGCAGCGCCCUCACCAAGUCCUUCUCUGGGAAAAAGGGCCAUGUCUCGUUCAAGCCCAGCUUAGACCAGCAGCGCUCAUGCCCUACCUGCACCGACUCCCUCCUCAAUGGGGACUUCACCAUCACCUACGACGUGAACAGAGAAUCUCCUGCCAACAUACAGAUUGUCAAUGGAUACUUUGUGCACUUCUUUGCACCUCAAGGCCUUCCAGUGGUGCCCAAGAACGUGGUCUUCGUGAUUGACGUCAGCGGCUCCAUGUAUGGGCGGAAACUGGAGCAGACAAAGGAUGCCCUUCUCAAAAUCCUGGAGGACAUACGGGAGGAGGACCACCUGAAUUUCAUCCUGUUCAGCAGCGACGUGACCACCUGGAAAGAACACUUGGUCCAAGCCACGCCCGAGAACCUCCAGGAGGCCAGGGCCUUUGUGAAGAGCAUCCGGGAUCGAGGGAGCACCAACCUCAACGACGGGCUGCUAAGAGGGAUCAGCAUGCUGAACACGGCGCGAGAGGAGCACAGGGUGCCCGAGCGGAGCACCUCCAUCGUCAUCAUGCUCACCGACGGGGACGCCAACUCUGGCGAGAGCAGACCCCAGAAAAUCCAAGAGAACGUGCGGAACGCCAUCAGGGGCAGGUUCCCCUUGUAUAACCUGGGCUUCGGCAACAAUCUCAAUUACAACUUCCUGGAGAGCCUGGCCCUGGAGAACGACGGCUUCGCCCGGCGCAUUUACGAGGACUCUGACGCCAACCUGCAGCUGCACGGUUUCUACGAGGAGGUGGCUAACCCGCUGCUGACGAGCGUGGAGAUGGAGUACCCCAAGAACGCCAUCCUGGACCUCACCCAGAACAGCUACCAGCACUUCUACGACGGCUCCGAGAUUGUGGUGGCCGGGCGCCUGGCCAAUGAGGACAUGAACAGCUUUAAGGCGGAUGUGAAGGGACACGGGGCCUUGAACGACCUGACCUUCACGGAGGAGGUGGACCUGAAGGAGACGGAGGCCGCCCUGAAGGAACGGGAGUACAUUUUUGGGAACUACAUAGAGCGGCUCUGGGCCUACCUCACCAUCGAGCAGCUGCUGGAGAAACGCAAGAACGCCCAUGGCGAGGAGAAAGAGAACCUCACUGCCCAGGCCCUGGACCUGUCCCUCAAGUAUCAUUUCGUGACCCCUCUGACCUCCAUGGUGGUGACCAAGCCCGAGGACAAUGAGGACCAGACGGCCAUCGCCGACAAGCCUGGGGAAGAGCAAGCACAAGCCGCCUCUCAGACCUCAUUCUCGGCCUACCGGACCACCUACCAGCCGCCGCAAACGCCCUACUACUACGCCACCUACCAGCCGCCGCAAACGCCCUACUACUACGUGGACGGAGACCCCCACUUCAUCAUCCAAGUCCCAGAACAAGACGACGCCAUCUGCUUCAACAUCGAUGAAGAGCCGGGCACGGUGCUGCGCCUCAUCCAGGACCCGGCCACAGGCCUCACCGUGAACGGGCAGAUCAUCGGUGACAAGAAAAGCAGCCCGGACUCCGCCACCAGGAAGACUUACUUUGGGAAACUGGGCAUUGCCAGUGCUCACAUGGACCUCCGCAUCGAGGUGACCACGGAGAAGAUCAGCCUGUGGAACGAGGUCGGGCGCAGCACCUUCAGCUGGCUGGACACGGUCACGGUCACGCAGGAUGGGCUGUCCAUGACCAUCAACAGGAAGAAGAACAUGGUGGUCUCCUUUGGGGAAGGGGUUACCUUUGUGGUCAUCCUGCACCAGGUGUGGAAGAAUCACCCCAUCCACCAGGACUUUCUAGGCUUCUACGUGGUGGACAGCCACCAGAUGUCACCGUGGACGCAUGGGCUGCUGGGGCAAUUCUUCCACCCCUUCGACUUCAAGGUGUCUGACGUCCACCCAGGCUCUGAGCCCACCAAGCCCGACGCCACGAUGGUGGUGAAGAACCGCCAGCUGACCGUCACCAGGGGCUCUCAGAGAGACUACAGAACGGAUGCCAGGGCUGGCACCAAGGUCGCCUGCUGGUUCGUCCACAACAACGGGGAAGGGCUCAUUGACGGCGUCCACACGGACUAUAUUGUCCCCAGCCUGUUCUAAGUCUACCCAGUGGCGCCAUGGAGGCAGCUGGCCCAGGGGCGCACGGCGGGGCCUAUGGGAGGGGCUGGGAUAAUAAAGCCUGCUGUGGACGCCGGGCA